UCGUCAGUUGCAAGUCAGAAACAGUAGCGAAAUCGCGUCAGCCUAUCACCGAGUAAAAUCGUCCAACUUCCGUUAUCGCCGUUCUUCCUCGCGAGGAAUUACCUCGGGUCAUUUCGAACGACGAUAUUACGCGACCCGAUGCGUAAAGUGUUUAGCGGAGAAUUGGGUAAAAAUUCCUUAGAUUCCUGCAGCUCGAGUGUCGAUGCACGGCAAAUUUAACGCGGCCAAAUGAGACGACGAAAAUUAUUUAUGAAAAUCAUAAAAUAUGACACUAUGUAAAUGCAAAGAGUGCUUCGUGUGAGCUAUUUAUCAUAUUCGAGAUAUGCUAUUGGUUCAAAUUAGUGCAAUGGAUACGAACGGUAGAAAAAAUGGGAGAUUAGGACGAGUCCUUUUCACGAUCAUCGCGUUGAUCGUCGGCGGGGCGACGGGGCUUCGUGACGUCCGGAUCACGGUGCCGGCGAUGGUCAGAUCCAGAGACUCGGCGCUGCUCAGCUGCGACUACGACUUGGAAGGCGCCGAUCUCUACUCGAUAAAGUGGUACCACGAGGAGGAGGAAUUUUACCGCUUCGUCCCCAAAGAAGCUCCACCGCAGGCGAUAUUCGCCGUUCGCGACAUCCAGAUAGACAGCCAGCACUCGAACACGAGGGACGUGACGUUGGUGAACGUGUCCAGAAAGUUGACCGGAAGAUACAGAUGCGAGAUCUCCGCGGACGCUCCGUCAUUUCACACGGUGAUAAAAACCGCGCCCAUGCUGGUCGUCGAUGUCCCGGAAACGGAUCCCUCGAUCCAGCCGGAGAGACAACGCUUACCUGGGGGAGAAACUCUUCGGGCCAAUUGCACGUCGGGCGCCUCGAGUCCCGCCCCCACCGUUACGUGGGCCGUCAACGGCGACCCUUUGAACCGGACAAAGCUGUCGCACAGAACGCGGUCCCGUCUCUUGGGACACGGCGACCUCCAAGCGACCCUGUCGAUGUUGGAGCUCGAAACGUCCGGUGAGCUUUUCAAGGACGGCAAGUUAGUCCUACGCUGCUUCGCGGCGAUAUCCACAGUUUAUACGGCCUCCGCCGAGUUGGUCGUAGACGAAGACACACCCCUCCUGGCGCCCAUCACCGGAGACGCCUCGACGCACCUCCGUCGGUCGAGCGGCUGCGGCGUGAAAAGUUCUUCGGAGAUGGUCGUCCUCUUCGCCUCGCUGGCGUCGCUCGCAUCCUGGAGCAGGUAGCUCCUCGGCUGGAGAGGAGGCCGUCGUCGCCUCUGUCCGACCCGGUCGCAUCGUCCGCGUCAACCCAGUAGCUAGGGCUUCCAGUUAUGUAUGUUACUAUGUAUGGUGUAGAUAGGUGGAUCAUUUUUAUCGCGACGACGAGCGACGAGCGACGAGCGACGCGCCAACGAAACGACGAGUCGGAGGGCCAACGGAGCGAGGGAAGAAAUCGAAUCAAUGAGAACCCAUAUACAAUUAAUUUUAAACACGUUAUCUUUUGAUGUAAAUUGUUGAUAAUAAAAUGCGGUCACGUAUUACGCAAUCGAA